UCACUAAGCAACAAAAAAAUGUGUAAAUUUUAACCUUAGCGACUCGAACGAAUAGGAGCUUUGUUUGAAAAAAAAAGAAAAAAAAGAAAGAAAAAAAAAGAAGAAGCACCUGAAUAAAUUAAGUAAAGCUUUACACUACGCAUAUUAUAUAGUUCUUAAUAAUGAAAUCACACGACAUGAAUAAUAUAUUUUGCUUAAAUAGAGAUGAUGUACCUUCUACCUUUCAUGACCCGUAUAUAGAACAAGGUUACAGACGACCAAAUUUAUCCGUUUUAGAUUGUUUAAAAAGCGUCACAGCUUUCAAAUGCAACGAAUCAUUCAAUAUAAUAUCACAUUUUUUAGCGACAAUAUAUUUUGUAAAUAUAUUCAUAUCGACUUUUGGCGGUGAUGUAAAUAUUUUGGAUUGCUAUACAUGGCCUUUAGUCUGCCAUGCAUUAGGAAACAUAGCAUUUACCUUUAUGAGUACUAUAGCACACACAUUUAACUCAAUGUCGGUAAAAAUACGACAUCGAUGUUUCUAUUUAGAUUAUGCGUCAAUCUCAAUUUAUGCUGUCGGAGCUGGUCAAACGUUUUUCUAUUAUACACAACCGUCAAAUACAAAAAGUUUUUUUUUUACGUCAUCGAUGUUUUUUAACACUGGCUGUGUUUCUAUAGCAAUUUUAGCAACACUAUUAAAUUGUAUAUCGAGAUUUAAAUGGAAUUCAAUGAAGUAUACCAUUCGAACCUUAACAUAUGUCGUAGCAUUUUUUUGGAAUGUAACGCCUUAUUUUUGCAGACUACAAACAUGCGUCAGCGAAGCGGAUUGUAACUAUAACAGUUUGUGGUUGUUUGUAGCUCACGCCAUUUUUUUCAUUCUUGCUGCUAUCGCUAAUAUCACUAAACUUCCAGAAAAGGUGUUCCGUGGAACAUUCGAUCACUUUGGACAAAGUCACAAUUUGAUGCACAUUUUCGUUACUAUUGGUUGCGUUCUGCAGUUUGAGUUUGCGAAACAAGAAAUGAAGCGCAGCAUUAAGAUGGAUUAUAAAACACUUGAUUAUAAACAAUCCGUUUACUAUAUGGCUGUAUCAUCAAUAGUGUGUAUCUCAAUUGCUUUGUUUGUUAGCGCUGAAGAUGUUCCAGUUAAAAAGUGUGAUUGA